GUUUGUGGUUAGUAAAAUACAUGUAUAAAAUGUAUGCAGUAGAUGAAUAGUUUUUAGUGCAUCUCAUUUUUGGAGUCUCAAUUUCUUCCCAUACUUUUGCAUGUGUUUUCCUAAGCUGCAGCGCGUUGAUGUCUCGGCCACCGUACACUAUUGAUAAUAAUAUGAUGACAAACACCAGUUUGUAAUCUCAAACAGCAUAACGGACUGUUGAGAACAGUACGGGUAAAAUAACUGAAAGCGAAUCGAACGAAGCGCUCGAGCGUCAAGUAAGCGCUGAGCUGUAAUUCCACCCCAGUCCUGUAGAGGGCAGUAAUCUCGCGAGACUUCUUCUGUCCCUCAAAUGCACAAACCGAGGAAGACGUUUGAUCAACGGUGAAGGGGGACUCGCCCUCGUUUAUGCGAUUGAACCGAAUUAAUUCUCGAGCAGACAUGGUCCUGUCGUCCUCGCAGCAGCUCGUCAUGGCGUUCACCGCGGUGCUGCUGGUGUUCGUGCUGUUCCCGCGCAUGUUCGGCGGCAGAGACGGUCAGUCGUUCGAGCCGCGAUCCAACAGGAGAGGUCCUGGUCCCGGGGUCGGUCCUGGAAGUGUGAAGAGUCAGCAUCAGUUUCACAGGAGCGCAGCACCGCAGAUGUCUCAGAGCGUGGAGAACAUGCAGCAGAUGAAGAAACUCAUGGAGCAGGAGAUGAAAAGUGACAAAUACAAAUCUAACAGCAAUAAGGGCUACGUCUUCACCCUCAUGCCCAUCUACGCCAUCGGUGUCGGGCUCUUCGCCGCGUAUAAGUUUCUAAAGAUUAAAUCUUCAAGCGAUUCUGAAGCUCAAAAAGCAAAAACAGCUCAAGGAGUGAAGAAAUCAGCGGAGACCGAGAAUCAGCUGAACGAGCUGGAGCAGAGACUCACUCAAACCGAGAAGAUGCUCAACUCCAUCCUGACCCAGCUGGACCCGCUCACCAACUGUGUGAAGUCUGUUGCAUUGGAGCAGAAGAACGAGAUCAUGUCGCAGCUGCACUGCAUUCGGCAGAUAAUGAAGAAGAGAGGCAUGGAGUGUCCGAGCAUCAGGAUAGAGGAGCCGACAUGUGAGCGCAAUCUAGACAAACUCAUCGAGACUUUGGCCGCAUCCGAAAGGCUUCCAGAAACUCGUCAGGAUUCACAAACGCAGGCUGAAGUACAGCCACGUGAUCCCCGAGAGCUCACGCCUGAGUCUGAGGGAGAGGAAGAGCUGGAGGAAGACGAGGAUGAGGAGAACAAGUGCACGGAGGGAAGCGAGAGUGACUCUAGUAUGCCGUCCCUCGAGGACUCGGCCGACAUCGGUGGAGAUGAUGUUACAGUCGCUCAGAAACCUCCAGAAGAUCUGACGGCUGGAUUACGGAAACGCAACAGGCCUGAGUAACGGCGGCGCGAAUCCGACGCAAAUCUAUUGAUGUAUUUAUUUAUUUAUUUUAUUCAUUGUAAUGAACACUGCGCCAGCGUCUGCAUAUCAUACUGUUAACAUGACAUCACAUUUACACUAAAAAUGCCAAAUGUUCUCUUUAUAUAUUUUAUUCGAUCAAAAAUACAAGUAAAAUAGUGAAAUAUUAUUACAGUUUAAAAUAGCUGUUUUCCAUGUGAAUGUAUUCUGAAAUGUAUUUUAUUCCUGUGACGCAAAGCUGAAUUUU